AUGGCGCGGUCCCACGGAGAGCAAGGAGCUGGUGCCGGCAAGUCGCAGCUCGCGCUGGAUUACGCGCAGGGUUCUCGCGAUGAAUACGACGCGCAGUUCUGGGUUGACGCGCGGAACCCUAGCACCGUGGAUAAGUGCUACCGCGAGAUAUACCAGUCACUCUGCCAUGACCCGCCAGACUCCGUCACGACGACCAGCGACCAAGUCAGGUACGCCGUGCUAGAGUCGUUCAGCAAAACCGAAGGGAGAUGGCUCAUGAUCUUUGAUGGCGCUGGCAACCCCGACGAGGAUGACGGGAAUGAUGUUAAUUUGUCCCAUUAUAUCCCAAGGGGCACUGCCGUCCACAUCGUCGUAACUAGUCGACAGCAGCAAACCCGAACCUUGCCAACCUUUGGCACUGUGGAGGUCGGGGCCUUGGGGUUCGACGAAGCAGUCGACCUUUUCAAGAGAUGCGCCAACUUGCCGUCAACGGUAGGGGAGAACGACUGUGCCGUUGGGAGCAUCGUUACUGAAGUGGGCUGUCUGGCUUUGGCGGUUAGUAUGGCAGGCUCGUACAUAUCAUGCACGCCCGGGCUGUCCAACAACUUAUCGCCGUACCUCGACGAGCUGCGGCAGGAAAGAAGCAACUUGUUAGCAAGAUAUUCUCAGCGUCUCACCGGCAAGUAUGACCACAGAGGCAUAGCAGUGUUCGAGGCAUCGUGCAGAGCUAUACAACGACAGUCACCAGCCGCAUGCCGCAUCCUCGCGCUGCUGGCUUCCAUGGACAACCAAGAUAUCUUCCCGGGUCUUUUUGAUCCAGAGACCCCCUCGAAGCCAAAGGGUUCGAAUAUUAUCGUGAGCAAGAAGGAGGAAUCCUGGGCGCGCCUGAUUGGCCUCCAAGAAGAUAUCGAAGCCGCGGAUAUUGCACAUCUCCUAGCCCUUCUGGAAAGGCUAGAGGACCAGCAAGAGCUUGGUACAUUUGCCCUCGCAGGCUUGAGGAUCCUCUGCGAUGCUGCCAGGGCACUCCGUCCCUAUACAACAAACCGACACGCCGAGAUGCGUCUAAGUACCCAUAUACGGGCAAACACAGCGUUCAUCAGCCAGCUUCAGAAAGAUUGGGCGGGAGCAAAUAACCCCAGGCCUCUGGGAGAGCUGAGCUAUCUAGCCGGCUUUCUCCAACAAAUCGGCAGCUGGCGCGAGGCCUCGGCACUUUGGAGGAUAAUACUAGACCAGCAACGGCAGGAGUUCGGGGAUGACAGUCCGACCAUCUUCGAGACGACAAGCUAUCUGGUGAAUGCUCUUUCGAUGCAUGAAACGGUGGAUCAAUCCGUGCGUUUGUGGACGGACGCAGUCGAGAGGUGCCAGAGCGACCUCGGGCACGACCAUUCCAUUACGGUUAAAAUCAGGCGAUCUCUAGAGAACGCGGUAAAAGAGCAGGAGCUGUGGUCCGAUAUUCAGGAUUACCACCAAGAGUCCAUGGGUCUCUUGGAGAAUCUCUUGACGACGCUCAAAGAGGCGGCGGAAGGCCUGGAUGCCAUGAAAGAGGAGCAGCAAGACAAGGUGGAAACCGCCACGAAGGCUGCAGAAGAGUUAAACUGGGCGCUGGGUAGUGCCCACCCUUCUGUGGUUUCUCAACAACAAGUUCUCGCGACGGUUCUAGAAAUGGAGGCCAACGCCGCUGCGAUACACGCGUCCUACGAGACUCUCGGCCGCCACGCGCGGAUCAUCUUGGCGCAGGGCCGCCAUCUCAUCGCGAUGCAUCGAGACUACGAGUUUACGGAUGCGAAGAGCCGGGAACGAUACUCGGGGAGGCGAGGGGAUCGGGGCGAAGACGCAGAAGAUGCUGGUGGCUACGCAACGCAACUUGGAGUUACAGCGACAGGUGCUUCUUAA